AUGAAUGCUACCGACGUCAAUACCAUGAAUGACGAUGCAUUGAUUCGAGGCUGGGUAUCGCAGCCCAACAGCCGAGGAACUUUCGACAUAGCUAUGUCUUACGCGGUGACAAUCUUUCUGUGCAGCUGGUCUUCCAUUUGCGUCAACAUUCCAAGUCCACCUCACCCUCGAACCGAUCUGUUUUGGGACAAAUGGCACAUGUUUUGCCUCUCUAUGCUUGGGCCAGAAUUUGUCUUGCUGAUGGCAAUCGGUCAGUACGUGUCAGCCCUUUCGUCCAGGGAUGCUUUUCAAGACAUUGGCUGCCGAUUCUGGACCGUCAAGCACAGCUCCUAUGCAGAUAUGGGUGGCUUCGUUUUGCAUCCCCGUGGUUGGAAGCAAUUCCCAGUCAGCGCAAAACAGCUACAUUACCUGGUAGCUCACGGAUUUAUCGAUUUGCCCGAACUCACGAAAGAAGAAAUCGGAGAUAAGGAUAUAGCUGAUGGACUCGCAAGGUUCGUAACUUCCUGUCAAAUCAUAUGGUUCUCUUUGAACGUCAUAGCGAGACCGACAAAACAACUCGCGGUGUCAAGCUUGGAAAUGACCACUAUCGGGUUCAUAUUUUGCACCUUGGGAGUCAAUAUCAGCUGGAAAAACAAACCAAUGGAUGUCUAUACUCCGACCCCAUUGCGGUGCGAUUAUACGAUGGACCAGAUUCUCGAGACACGCACGUCUGAAGAUGCACCUGCCCAGAAUGCCGCUGCCCAAGAGGCCGUCCCUCAACAUGCUGCUCCUCAAGAGGUCGAUCCCGUGAACGCUUCUCCACAGAAGGCUGCUACUCAGACGGCUGUCUCCCAGUCCGCCACGCCACAAACUGUCAUCCCUCGAAGUGCCAGGAAGUCGUUCCCGAUGACACCGCUCGACUUCGUUAGCCGCGAGGAAUGGACAGCUACCCUGCUCUGGAGGUAUAACGUCAAUAUUCUGAGAAAACUGCGCAUUGUACGGCAACGGGAUAAAGUGUGGCCAGCCCAACGGAUUUCAUCUUUCAACUUUCCCAAGCUUCCUCGAGGAGCUGCCGGCUUCACCCUAUUCCUUGGCAUGCUUUAUUCUGCGAUAUUUAUGGCCGCAUGGAACUUCGAAUUCCCUUCUGCGAUGGAGCGUUUGCUUUGGCGAAUCUCUAGCUCGAUGACGAUAUGCCUCACCAUUACGAUGGGAUUGGUCAAGAUUCUACCCAGCGUACUCGAAAAGGCGCGGAAUGAGAAACUGCCUGACGGUGAAGCUGAAAAGGGCAUCCUGACACGUUUUGGUCAUGCUUGCAGGGGAGCCAUAAGAAGGUUCGAGGCCAAAAAGAUCAAUAACUCGCCGCUAAAUGAUCCGAACCAGGAUAUUCUUCUGAAGACUUUCCUUUUCACUCUUCCAAUCUGCGCGGCAUAUACGGUUUGUCGAGUGUAUAUAUUGGUUGAGGAUAUCAUUGGUCUUCGAGCACUCCCUGCUAGUGCUUUCCAGACUGUGAAUUGGACAUCGUUCUGGCCACAUUUCUGA